AUCGCAGGACAGCUGAGCUUUGUUUAGUUGUGGUGUUACUCUCUCUUUGAUAUCUGCUACCAAUGAAAACUGUGUUAUUCGACUACUAUUUAUUAUGAAGUGUUAUGAUCGCUGAGUUACUUUGCCGACAAUGGAGGUAAUAAUAAACGCGACAACGUCGAUGCAAUCCGGCACAGCUCUCUGAUCCUACACGAUCGUAUUGAGUAACAGUGUCUGUCGGGGCGUCUGUGUCUACCGCAUUGACCCACUGACGAUAGCAGCGUAACCUUCGAACAGGCAGCAAACCAAGCAAAAGCUGACCAAACGCGGUUCCUGGGACUGCUAUUAACGAUGGCACAGCAACAGCAGCUCAACAUAGACAACAAAACAGCUGAACUAAUCUGAAUUGAAUUCAGUAGGCACGUUGAGUAAUUCUAGCUAGCAGCAACAAAUAUCUGUUAAUAUCUGCCCUGCAACAGUCAAAGGCUGCCCGCUCCUAUACGGUUGACGAAUGUUAGGUUACAGCAAGACAAUGCAUGAUUGUAGCUCUGUGAGCCAUUGGAUCAACUAGGGACGAGAAGAAUACUUAGCUGACAUGUCAGGACAACCGUGGUGAUAAUAGUGCCGUCCUGUCUGAAGGAAAAGCUACACAAAAAGUGGUACUUCACAAAGGAGGUCGAGAUGUCUAGCGCAGCGGGCCCGUCGACUUCUGGCGGCUCGCAGGAGGCAGGGAGUUCACGAAGCUCAAGGAAUUCGCAGAGUGGCUCAUCUGAGCUGGCAGCGCCCCCGCCACCUCCACUCGAAUCGUUAUUUGCCGCGUCUCGCACCUCCAGUCAAGUAGCAUUGCUAUGUUUGUAUUUCCCGAUCGGGAUUAUCCUUGCACUAUUAAGAUUCUUCAUUUGCUUACACGCCUUCCUUGUGACGUUGAUGUUGCCAAAAACUUCUAAGGUUCGAUGUUGCGUGGUACGCGUGAUGUGUACCGUACUGGGGCUGGUGGUGGUAGAGGAAGACAAAAAUCGGGAUCCUGACGUAAAAGUGUUCGUCGCAAAUCAUGUUUCUAUCGUUGAUCAUUGGCUACUCGACGUUCUCACGCCCUGUGUUUUGCCAUCUGUCUGGGAUCUGCCCAGCGUUUUAAAUUGGGGCCAUAUCUAUAAGGAGUUUGGCUCUUCAACGCAGCCUGUUGUAUCGAGCUUGAAGCAACAUCUGGAAACGCAAAGCACAGGACUGCUUUGUUUCCCUGAGGUGUCAAUCACAAAUGGUUCGGCAUUACUAAAAUUUAGCCAGUUGUGGCCAUUUGAACUGGGCGCGCCUGUGCAAGCGGUCGCGAUAAAGGCAACUCGGACAUUGUUCCGGGAUCUUGCUCUGAGUACCCUUGAGAGUACCUGGUUAUCCGACAUGCUCUGGAUGCUAUUUUCGCCGUGGACAACUUUCCGUGUAUCGAGAUUGCCCGCGGUUAGACGCGGAAAAGAUGACACAGCCGAAGAGUUUGCGGCCCGCGUGGCCGAGAUGCUAGCCGCGCAAUUGGGUGUCAAGACGACACCGCACACCUACAAGGACAAGUUGGACAUUGUAAAGCGACGUAGAAUUGAACGCGUUGCGCGGGAACGACGCGCGGAAGAAGCUCAAGCAUUGGCCAAUCCGGAGUUGAUGCGUAUGGCCGGGCAGGUGAAAGAGGUUCUCCCGGAUGUACCGCUUGCAGUGAUCGCUCGGGACCUUCAAGAGACUCGUAGUGUAGAUAGCACCAUUAGUCGGCUUGUUGAUGGAAUUGUCCACUAUGUGCCUGAAAAAGUGAGGGUACUUUCUCCACAGCCACGCCAGAGCACGUCCACGAAGAAAGAUUCACCUGUCAAUGAACUGGUAAAAAAUGCGGAAAACGCGAAAGUUAUGUUUAAUACGUCUGCGAGUAAUUUUGGGUCGACCGCUGAGGAACGGUUUGCGUCCUACCAGGAGCGAAAGGCCCGUCUGAUCGAGAAUGCACGACUUAAGUACAUCCAGAAACAUAAACUGAAAUUGUAAUAAUAGCGAUCAAUGACAUCAGCAAAAGGCCAAGUUGAAAAUAAAAAAAAAA